AAAGUCGGGCAGCUUCAAUUCUAUGUAAGAUUGAGGCUGCGGUGGAUUAGUUCGCCAUGAUAAAACGCUAGAUAUUUUUUAUCCUUCCAUUGGACAGCAUGCAUACAGUUCUCUUGAAGGCAUCAAUAAAUAUAUCGUACUUGUAACUUAUUUUAGAGAAAAAUCAUAACGCGACAAAAUAUAUAAGUAAAUAUGAUUUCCGAACCCAGAAAGUGCACUUAUUGAAUAAAAUUUCAAACUGUUUACAUAAGUUUGGUGAACAUAAUUUCCAAAAUUAACUAUAUUCGGAAGCAAAUCCUACUCAUAAUAUUUCUUCUUCGAAGACUCGGUGUAUAAUUACAUACAUAUUUAGAACCGGCGUAUUUAUGUACAUGAGUGUUCUCUGCAUAAAAAUUAAAACAAUUACCAUGCCAAAAAAGAAUUGGCAGUGCCCUCAGUGUUCAAAAAUGUGCAACACUCGGGAUCAUUUGCAGACUCAUUUUGCCACGCAGCACCCCGACGCAAAGAUGAAGUGCAAGGUUUGCGGUAACAAUUUAAAAAGUCCGCAGUCUUUAUCUAACCACAUCCGAAAUUAUCACACCAACCGGAAGCUACCCACUUGCCAAAUUUGUCGCCGAGUGUUUUUCUCAUCCGCCACUUUGCGCGGACAUAUGAACGCCGCCCACACCACGGCGGCACGACCUCGGGUGCGAUGCACGUUUCCCCGCUGUACAAAAACCUACUCGAGCCAGAACUCUUUGUCAAAUCAUGUAAGAGGUGAACAUGCCCAAAACCCGGUCCGACUUCGGUGUAAACUUUGUGGAAGAGAAUUUAAAACGAGGGGAUGCUUGGAAAAGCACAUUUCAUAUCACACAACGGAGAAACCGUACAAAUGUGCCACGUGCGGGAGAUGUUUUGCAAGAGGAGAACACUUGAAAAUUCAUGAGGAGACACACCUUGAAAAAUCUAGGCGAAAGAUUUUCCACUGCGGCAUUUGUCCCACCACAUUCGUUACAAAAGCCGGGUGGAAGAGACACAUCGUGAGUAGUCAUGGAAAUCAGAGGGAUUAUCGUUGCGCAGUUUGUGGCAAAAGGUUUGCACUACAAUCGUAUCUGAAGCGUCACGUGGAGAACAAACACCCCGUGGACGAAGAGAAGAUUCAUUCCUGUAAAAAAUGCGAAUACAAAAGCCACUCAAAGGCUUACUUAGCCAAUCAUGUGAAGCGUCACAAUAUCGCGAAUUAUAAGCACUGCGAUUUCUGUUCCAAGGCGUUUGCAAUCUUUCCCGAUUUGGCGAAACAUUUCGGACGGCAUACUCUAGAAAAAUAUGUGAAUCGUCGUGUUGCAUAAGUAAACAAGUUUUUUUUUGUUUAAUUUUUCCACAGCAAGUUGUCACAUAUAAAAGUUGUAUCGUGUGUUUUUUAUUCAAGAUUUGAUUUUUAGAUUGAUCCUCUUUCGAUGAAUUCAUUUUUGUAUUUUUGGUAAUGAAAUAAAUAUAUGAACAAAAAUGGA